AUGUCCUCGAGCACGACCAAGACUGGUCAACCACUAGACCGCGGUGUCCUCGACGGACUGCUUCGCCGACGGCUGUUCUACACUCCUUCCUUUGAGAUCUACGGCGGCGAGAAAGGUCUCUACGACUAUGGCCCACCAGGUUGCUCUCUUCAAGCCAACAUCGUGGAUCAGUGGCGGAAGCACUUUGUGCUCGAGGAGGACAUGUUGGAGGUAGACUGUACCAUGUUGACUCCUGAAGCGGUGCUCAAGACCAGCGGUCACGUUGACAAGUUUGCGGACUGGAUGUGCAAGGACCCUAAGACAGGGGAGAUCUUCCGAGCAGACCAUCUGGUCGAGCAGGUGCUCGAGGCACGACUCACCGCCGACAAGGAGGCUCGUGGUCAGAAGAUCGUGGUCGAGGAAGCCAAAGACGCAAAGAAGAAGAAGGUCAAAGCUGUUGCAGCCCAGAAGCUCGACGAUGCGACUGUCAAGGAGUACGAAGAGACCCUUGCCAAGAUCGACAACUACGGCGGUCCUGAGCUCGGCGAGCUGAUCGUCAAACACGACAUCAAAGGCCCUACCAGCGGCGCGGUGCUCGAGCCUCCAAAAGCCUUCAACCUCAUGUUCCAAACGCAAAUUGGCCCAGCGGCUGACAAGCCUAAUGGCUACCUCCGCCCAGAGACCGCCCAGGGCCAAUUCCUCAACUUCGCCAAGCUGCUCGAAUUUAAUCAGCAGGCGAUGCCUUUCGCCUCUGCUUCGAUUGGCAAAUCCUUUCGAAACGAGAUCGCUCCCAGAUCUGGCCUGUUGCGUGUGCGUGAGUUCCUGAUGGCGGAGAUCGAGCAUUUCGUGGACCCCGAAUCUGGUAAGAAGCAUCCUCGUUUUGAAGAGGUCAAGGAGACCAAGUUGACCCUUCUCAACCGCGAGACACAAUUAUCCGGCAGCACCAAAGUAGAAGAGAAAUCGAUCGGCGAGGCCGUCUCGACAAAGCUUGUUGACAACGAGACAUUGGGCUACUUUCUUGUUCGUAUUCAGGAAUUCCUCAUGAAGAUUGGCGUCGAUAAGUCAAAGCUUCGCUUCAGACAGCACAUGGCCAAUGAAAUGGCUCACUACGCCACGGAUUGUUGGGAUGCAGAACUUCUGACCAGCUACGGGUGGAUUGAGUGCGUUGGCUGCGCCGAUAGAAGCGCCUUCGAUCUUUCAGUUCACAAGAAGGCGACUGGCGCACCUCUCGUCGUUCGCCAAGCAAGAGCUGAACCUCUUGUCAUCGAAGAGUGGGAAGCUGAGCUGAAUCGAAAGAAGCUCGGUCCGAAAUUCCGCAAAGAUGCCAAAGCCGUCGAAAACGCUGUGGACCAGCUUUCGCAAGAGCUUCGCGAGAAGCUUUCGUUAGAUCUCGAGAAAGAUGGCAAGAUAUCCAUCGAUACGCCUGGCGUUGGCAGUGGCAAGACGGAGCUCGAGAAGGACCUCAUCGUCAUCGAAAAGAGGAAACGUACCGAGCACACCCGCGAGUUCACGCCCAACGUCAUUGAGCCAUCUUUCGGUAUUGGUCGCAUUCUGUACAGCUUGAUGGAGCACGUCUUCUGGACUCGAGAAGGCGACGAGGCUCGUGGCGUCCUCUCAUUCCCACCUUUGGUAGCUCCCACCAAGGUUCUCUUGGUCCCACUGUCCAAUCAUCCCGAUCUCAGAAAGUUCUUGACAGGUCUGUCCCAGAAGCUACGAAAAGCUGGUGUAGCCAACAAGACAGACGAUUCCUCUGCCAGCAUUGGCAAACGUUACUCGCGUAAUGACGAGCUUGGUACGCCGCUUGGCAUCACCAUCGACUUCCAAACAGUUAAGGACAGCACGGUCACUCUGCGCGACCGUGAUUCAACGAAGCAGGUCCGCGCGUCCCAAGACGACAUUGUCGCUGCGGUCAAAGCGCUGUGCGAAGGUGACAAGACCUGGGCAGAUAUCGCGAGCGAGUUGCCGGCGUUCGAGGGCCAGGAGACCGACUAG